AUGAGCUUUGGCAAACCGUUCAGCUCUAGAUAUGAGUUUUCCAGCCGUUAUGACAAUUUAAACCAGCCAAGAUCUCCCCAGGAUUAUAACCCAAGGACAUCAAAUAGCCAGCUAUCUCACAGCUCUCCAAAAGAAACUUUAAGAUCUUCUUUAGAAUAUCGAUUUUACCCAGCAUCUCCUGAAGCUUCUCGGCAAGAAAUUAAAAACAGUUACGACAGAGCAAUAAGAACUUCUAAUGAUAAUCUCUCAAUUCAAGAAAUUCAAAAACAACGUAGCCUUGAUAUCCUUAGAUCUAAUAUAAAAGAUCUCGAGCUGCAGGACCAGCAAAAUGAAGAAAACCAUGAACUUGAAAAAGCUCGGCUCAAGCACGAAUAUGAGCUAAAAAUCGAAAACCUAAACAGAGAUCUAGAGAACCAAAUUCGGACCAAAAACUCCAAAUUAAGAGAUAUUGAGUAUACAAUUGAAAGAGAGCAAAAAGCUUGGGAGCAGCAAAAAAGAGAAAUGAGCCUACAGUUGCAAAGACUAAACGAAGAAACUGACGAAUUAAAUGUAAAAGCCUUAAGAGAUAAUGAUGAAAUCAGGUAUAUACGAAGCCAAAUUGAAGGAAGUCAACUAGAAGCACAAAAAUUAGUAAGAGAAAAAAGCUUGAUUAUAGAAAAGCACGAAAAUGAGAAAAGAAGCGCGAUGGAAAGGCAUGGUUUUUCUAUGAAAGAAAUGCAUAUAAGAAUCCAGGAAUAUGAUGAAAAAAUUAUGAACCUUGAAAUUGAAAUUGCAGAAACCAGAAAACAAAUAGCAAAAAAUGCAGAGGAGUCUGAAUUUAUAAUAAAUGAGCUAGAAAAUAAAAUUGAGAGUGCUGAAAAUACAAUAAAAAUACAAAUGCAAGAUAUUUCGAGGCUUAAAAAUUCAAGAGAUGAAGCAAAGACGGAAUGCCAAAUACUAAGCAAUGAAGUAUCUAUGAUGGAGUCUCAGAUAGCAAAAACUCAUAAUACAAACUCUGUAAUGAAAGAUGAUAUUGCUCGUCUUAAUAGGUUGAUUUAUGGAAAAGGGGUUUCGCCAAGAAAAUCCAAACAAAAACAUAUUUAA